UAGAUAAUGUGACAAGUCCCCAUGGAAAGAGACUCCUGCACGCUGCACAGUUAUCAUAAUGAACCUGUGGGGAACAGCUGUGCAGGAAGGAAGAGGGGUCACUGGGGGAAUCAGUCAAAGGGAAGCAGGUGUGCAGGGGCAGGACCUAUGGGCAGGACACACACCACAGGGAACUGGUGGGCAGGAGGAAAUAUGCAAGGUAUUCCGACUGAGUUGCUCCUUCCUGGACUCACAAAAGUGAGUGAGGGAAAAGAGAGACUGGAGGGAUGAUGUGCAUGAUCCAGACUUAAUCACAGAGAGAAGAAUGAACAUGAAAAUACAACUUAUAACCUGCCUUCAGGUCAUUUUGUUGCUUUGGUUUGAUCAGGUGCUGCAAGAUGUUGCUGCAGACACACAUCAAGCCCCAGUCUCUGAUGCAAACCUGAUGUUUGAGAUCUUGCUGAGUGGAGUAGAGCUUGACAGGGACAACAACAUUGUCCUCCUCGAUAAGGAGCUGGCAUCGAUGAGGCAGGGGCGAGCUUUCUUGUCUCAGAUCAAUGACAACAUUCCCAGAAGUCUCAGCUCCAUGAGGCAGAUGGUGACCACAUUUGAAGGUCCAAGGAAGAGGCCACUGACUCAGGAUCAGUUUGAGAGUCUUGUCCUGAGCAUGGUAUACUCCGCCCACCGGUCCUUGCAAAAGGAGGGAGGAGAGGAGAGGGAGGCCUGGGGUGGAGUGCUCCUCCAGCUGGCUAAUGUCACAGUUCAUGAACUACGUGGAAGUAACCUCUUCAGUUAUGACUGAUACAAACACUGACAUUCUGUGUGAGGUGAAGGUGUGAGUAAUAAAUCGCUUUCCUUAAAUCCUCA